AUGUCGUCAUGGGAUCCCAAGAUACGGCCUCUACCGCCUGAUGUAGUGGCGAAGCUCAAAUCCUCAACUGCCAUUACACACUUGAACGGAGUCAUUGUAGAGCUAGUCAAGAAUGCAUUAGAUGCAAAUGCCCGCACAGUCUGUGUCACGGUCGACUUCGUUCGCGGGGGCUGUAUAGUCGAAGAUGAUGGAGAUGGCAUUCCUCCAGCGGAGUUUGGACCAGACGGAGGAUUGGGAAAAGCGCACCAUACUUCAAAAUACCAUUCGAACCAUACUAUUGAAGGACGCAAAGGGCUUUUUCUUGCCUCGCUUGCAGCUCUUUCUCUGCUGACGAUCACGUCACAUCAUGUUCGCCAUUCGAGUACUAAUACUGUCACUUUCCAUCACUUGACGCCGGUUGCUCGUUUGAUGCCAGCUCCAGUUUAUCAGGAGCUGAGGUUUAGUGCCCAUGGCACCUCUGUCACAGUAAAUGAUCUGUUCGGGAAUAUGCCCGUGCGCGUAAAAAGCCGAGCCUUGGCUCUUCAAAGACCGGAUGAGCUGGAGCGGCAGUGGGAUGAAUUGAGGCACUUUUUGGUGUCGUUCAUGGUUGCAAACGACAGGGUGGCUAAGCUAGUGAUCCUAGACGCUCAUAGAGACAAAAAGAUUACAGUUUGCCCCCAGGGACUUGCAAGACAAUAUGGCGGGGAGCCUGAUCUACAGCGACUGCGUUCCAUCCUGGCACAGUCGGGGCUUGUCGGGGCUCAGAAUACGGGCAUAUGGGAUACCGUAUCAGCCAGCGUUUCCGACUUCACGAUUCAUGCAGCAGUCUCUUUGACGCCUAGUCCUACGAAGAAGGUCCAGUUCGUCUCUUUAGGCUCGACCCCGGUGUUCGCGAGGAGCAACGCGAAUCUGAUCUAUGCGGAAGUCAAUCGCUCAUUUGCCUUGUCGGACUUUGGGUCUAUGAAAAACUGCUCCUCUGCAGUUGAAGCGCCCGUCCGGGCUGCUGAUGGCCAACUCAUGCAUAGCAAACCUGCGUCUAAAGCAGUCAAUAAAUGGCCAAUGUUCUAUAUACGUAUAGACAGCUGCAAUGAGUGGAGUAUCGACGACGACACGCAAGAACUUCCGGAAUCAGACAAGUCCCUCCAACGUAUCAUAGAUGUGCUUUCGACAAUGAUCAACGAAUUUCUCAGGCAAAGCAGCUUACGCCCACGGACUGGGAAAAGGAAAAGAAGUACGCCCAAUGUACCACCAGCUACUACGCGCCAUAGCAGCGUGAAGGCCGGAAGGUCUCUAUCUCCAGGAGGUGAAGUCUCCGCCACCGAAGAAACUCUCGGCAAUCAGCUCAGGCUCCCCUCUUUGCGAAGACCACCCAAUGUCAGUCAUCACUUCGGAGAUUGGACCAGGAUAAAAAGUGCGAAGCCGGAAACGGUUAGCAAGAGGUUUCCUUUACGCGGUCGCGAACCCAGGUCAACUCGCUCAGAGAAUUACCCAGCACAUCAAGUCCAGGAUCAUUUGAACCAGCAACCAGCGCUCCUAUCUGCAAGCAAUGAAGGCACGGCCACUGAGCCCCGAUCUCCUGUACUGGAAGAACCAGAGAAGCACGAAGAGCAACUUAAUCAGAUUCAUGAAGAGACAGCUACCGACAGAAUGACGCCAUGGGUCGAUCCUUACACGGGUAGACGCCACUUAAUCAACUCGCGCACUGGUCAGUCCAUACUCCAUGGGUCUUCAGUAGCAGCGGACGUGGCGCUGCGGCCCCGGUCCACUGGGUGUCUACCAGAACCACAUCGCGCUCCAGAUGAAGUGCAGCGACCAAGAUCGGUCGAUCUGCAGAGGACCGACAACAAGUGGGUUGAGAAACUUUUGGACAAUUGGAUUAACCCUGUUUUUGGUCGCCCAGAGAGGCCUAUCAGUGCGAUGGAUGUCAGUGCUGGCCACGAGACAGCUCGCCCCGGGUCUAGCUCGCGGAACAAUCAGGGCGAGCUAUGCGGUUUCGAAAGCAUGGGAGUGUCGAAGUUUCGCGGCAAACUGCGCAAACAGGAUUUAAGAGCUGCAGAAAUUAUCGCCCAAGUGGAUCAGAAAUUCAUCCUGGUAAAGAUGCAAUUGCCCUCCAAUAGCCCUGGGGAGCCUGCAUCAAACCUGAUCUUGAUCGAUCAGCACGCUGCGGAUGAACGCUGCCGGGUCGAGGCACUCAUGGCAGAGCUGUUCACAUCAGAAGAAGAUAGCCCGGGCUCCAUCCAAACCAUCACAUUGGAUCCCAUUAUUUUUGAGAUACCCGCUACCGAAGCAUCCCUAUUUGAACGAUAUAGAAAUUUCUUCCACUCUUGGGGUGUAGCUUACACCAUGGAACAAGGACCCAAAGACAAGAACGUCUUCAUUUUCGUACACACCCUCCCAACCCUCAUCGCCGAGCGCUGCCGCACCGAGCCCAACCUAGUCUCUGACCUCAUCCGCGGCGAGAUCUGGAAACGCGAAGAAGAAAACGGCCGAAGCCGACAGCCUCACCAUCCCACCGGCUUCGGCGCUUCUCGUCCAGAUAUGGCCCAAACCAGCAGCAGUUGGGUAGACCGACUCGACGGCUGUCCUCGAGGGAUCAUCGACCUGCUGAACUCUCGCGCAUGCCGCACGGCAGUCAUGUUCAAUGAUGUUCUGGACAAGAAUGAAUGCCAGAGUUUGGUCCGACGACUCGCAGAUUGCGUUUUCCCUUUCCAGUGCGCGCACGGCCGGCCCUCGAUGAUACCUAUUUUGGAAAUGGGGGCUGCUGUAUCAUUGGAUCAGACUCAGUCGGAUGAAUAUGAAGGUCCUGGUUUUGUUGGCAUGUUUAGGAAAUGGCAGGAUGCGAAGACUGAUCAUGAUAUCGAUCGAUUAGUCAAGAGACUAACUAAUCCUAUCCUUCCAAAUAUCCAUCCAAGUUCCAUGCCCAUCCAAUAA